AUGGCUAAGAGAGCUAACCCUUAUAGUGAAGAUUUUAUACAACAAAGUAAAAUUUUCGUCAACUUGAAACAAUUCAACAACAACGAAGACAGGCUGAAGAAGGUUUAUGAGAAAACCUUGCAAAAGCUCUUCCAAGGAGCUAAAAAAUCUCAAAACAAUAACAAUAAUACUUCAAUUCAUGAAAUCAAUGGUAUAGCAAUUGAUAGAAAAAAUAAAAUGAAACAAUUAUUUAUUGACAAAAAUGGGACUCUUUCACAUUCUGGAACUUUGGUGUGUCCAGAUGUAUGUAAGCCCUGUGUGUGCGGUGAUGUGAGCCUCCUGUCCUGCCAGUACUGUGAACAGUCUCUGUGCAGUCUCUGUGUGAGACCAUGUGCUCUGUGUCAACACAACUAUUGUACCAAGUGCUCCAUUGUCGGUCAGUGUGAGAGCGGUGUCUCGGCUCGUGACAGUAGUGUCCUAGAGGAACAGGUAUCUAUAGAUGAGAGUGGCCGCGACGCCCAGCACCAGCGGCACCAACCACGAGCUCCAGGAACUGACACAAAUAAAGUUAUAUACUAG